UCGUCCAUCCGCACCCCGAACCCCCUCAUUGAUCCGACCAUCUAACUGGCGGCGUGUGCGAACCAGCGGAGGUGGAGCGGCGGCGCGGCGACGGCGGCUGGCGACCCUGCGUGAGCAGGCGAGGCGCGCGCGGACUAGACGAAGGAGCGAAGCGACGACGCCUGCGUCUGCGUGGGCGCACGACAGGCAGCAGAGCAGAGCUGCAGCCUACAACGACCUUGGGUCCUGGGUGGCCAGCAGCCGGUAGCAUCACUGCAGCCAGAAGAGGCGCAGGUGGGCGCUGGCCAGGGCGCAGCAGGCUGCAGCGGUGACCCUGCUCCCGACGACCCAUCGACGCCGUCCAUGCUGUCCUCCUCCCCGGCGCCGCCACGAGAGGGCGCCGCCGUUCCCUCCUCCUGGGCGGAAGCCGCGUCCGCGGCGGCGCUCCGGCACUACCGCUCCCUGGCCAAGAAAGGGAAGCCGCAGGGGCGAGAGUCCACGGUCCUCGCCGCCUUCCUCCUCUCCACUCCGCAUGACCCGCGCAGCCUCACUGUCCUCUCCAUGGGCACCGGCACCAAGUGCCUCGGUGCCUCGAUGCUCAGCGACCGCGGGGACCUCGUCCACGACGCGCACGCCGAGGUCAUCGCUCGCCGCGCGCUGCUCCGCCUCGUCUACUCUGAGAUCGGCCGCGGCGCCCCGCCUGAUUGGCUGGUUGCUUCCGGGGAUGGUGGGAGAUGGAGGCUUAGGGAUGGGCACUGCCUUCAUCUUUACAUCACCCAACUCCCAUGUGGAGUCAUGGCAGUACCACUGUCACAGUCCGAGUUACCACGGGAACAGCUGGAUAGUGUGAAUGGAGAUAUUAGCUUUGUUCAGAGGAAGCCAGGGCGGGGUGAUACAACAUUGUCCAUGAGCUGCUUUGACAAAAUCACCCGCUGGAGUGUUGUAGGAAUUCAAGGUGCAUUGCUGUCACAUACACUGGAACCCUUGUAUUUGUCCACAAUUACUAUUGGGCAAUUACCUGGUGGUGCUCCUGAAUGUUUCUCUGUUGAAAAUAAUAUUAAGAAAGCCCUCGAUGCUCGUCUGUCCUCUCUAUCCAGCAAAUUGCCAUCUCCUUUUAAAGUGCAGAAGCCAAAGGUUUUUGAAGCAGCUGUCCCACCAACAGAGUUUCAACAGAUUUCUGGAGACGUACCCCCCUUGACAUGCGGGUACUCGAUCUGUUGGAAUAAAUCUGGAUUGCAUGAAGUUGUCUUAGGAACAACUGGUAGGAAACAAGGAACCUCAUCAAAGGCAGCACACUUGCCCUCCACCGAGUCAUUGCUCUGCAAGAGAAGACUGCUAGAAGCAUUCAUGUCCCUUGAACAUCCAUUGGUAGGGCAACUCAAGUGUGAGGAGCUAUCUUACCGUGCACUUAAGGAUACGGCUCAUGAAUACCAUCACACGCUUGAGCUCCUCAGGAAGACCCCAUUUUUUGGCUGCUGGCCAGCUAAGCCUACAUUUGUUGAUUCGUUUCCAGUUUCACGGUGAUGGCUCAUGAACUGGUGAAUACCAUCAUCUUGUUUCUUUUUUUAUUAUUAUUUAAAAAACAUAGGACUGAUCCGGGCUUUGUUCUGUGUGAAUAUGUAUAUGUUGGUGGUCCAUGAAUGUAUCGAACUGAAUAUAUGCAUGCGUGCAGCUGUCACUUGAUUCCAAGCACCCCCCCUCCCCUGUA